CUCAACUCCUCAGAUCAAACAUCGAGAUCCUCUCUUAAUCUACUACAACACAGUCCAGCAUUUUCUUAAGACCUACAAUGGCGAAAAAUAUGGCUCAGUCUCCUCUCGAAAGGAACUCAUUGAUUUCACUUGAGCAAAGGCUAGCCACAGCAAAGCGAUGUUCUCGUGAAGGUGUUGUUGCAGGAGCAAAGGCAGCUGUGGUUGCCACUAUUGCAACCGCCGUUCCAACUUUGGCUAGUGCUAGGAUGCUGCCUUGGGCGAGAGCAAACCUUAAUCACACUGCUCAGGCUCUGAUCAUCUCCACAGUGGCCGGGGCUGCCUAUUUUAUAGUUGCAGACAAGACUAUUCUAGCAUCGGCAAGGCGAAACUCCUUCAACCAAAGUGCUUCGGCUAACUUAGAAGCGUGAAACGCAGGAAUUAUGUUGUGUUUUCUGUAUUACUAAGCCUAUGAUGCUACUAAUUAAGCAGCUGAUGAAAAGAUCCAUUAAUAAAGAUGAGCUUUGAAUGAUUGAUUACCA